AUGAAGUUCUCUUCUCUGCGACAUAAUCAUCACACUCACUUCAAUCAACUCUAUCGGAAAGUAUUUGUGUUGAAUGCGAAUCAAUCCUCUGCUUCCGCUAGUGUGCCACUCACCACCACAAUAACAAGCACUCAUAAUGGUUCAACGUUGAGUGUUGGUCAACAAAAUAGUUCCGUCCAUCUGCAGUCGUCGGACGAAACUGCUUCACAAGAUUAUUAUUUUGCUCACAAGAGAUUUGAAGCAUGGAAUCAUCCCAAACCAAAUAUUCAAUCCAUUGUUUUCGACAUGGAUGGUACUCUCACAAUUCCAUGUAUUGAUUUUAAAAAGAUGCGUACGGAAACAGGAAUUCAAGCUCCACAAGAUUUAUUAACGACCAUUCAUGCUUUGAGUGAUGAAAAUGAAAAGAAGAGACUUUUCGAUAUUAUUGAUCGUAUUGAGGAAGAAGCGAAUGCUAAACUUGCAUUUCAACCACAUUUAUUUGACUUAUUGGACGAGCUCUUAAAAUUGAAAAUGACCCAACUUAUACCAAAAAAUCAAACCAAUUUGGUGGUCGAAACGGAAACAACAACAACAGCACCACCUCCAGAUCAACAACAACAACAAAAUACAAAUUCUACUGUGGUCGAAACUUCGAAACAUUUUGCUGUGGUGACACGCAAUUCAGAAAAAAAGCUUAAAGUUCUUUGUUGA